ACACGGCCUACGUGCGUGUUUUUAUCAGUGAUGUGAAUGAUAACAAGCCUGUCUUUGCUCAGAGUGUCUAUGAAGUAAAUGUGGAUGAAGACCAGGAUGUGGGCUCGACUAUCAUUACAGUCAGUGCUAAUGAUGAAGAUGAAGGAUCAAAUGCUAAAUUACGGUAUCAGAUCACAGCUGGAAACACAGGAGGAGUACUUGGUGUAGAACCAGAAACAGGAGCCAUUUUUAUUGCCCAACCACUGGAUUAUGAAGAAACAAAAAUGUAUGAGAUUCACUUGUUGGCCUCUGAUGGGAAAUGGGAAGAUUAUGCAGUUAUCAUCAUCAAUGUCAUGAAUAAAAAUGAUGAGACUCCAGUUUUCUCUAUCAACGAAUACUAUGGAAGUAUUAUUGAGGAACUGGAUGGGUUACCAGUCUUUGUACUUCAGGUUAUGGCAAAUGAUCCUGAUAGUAAUGUGGAUGAAGGAGAUUUGAGAUACUCAUUGCAUGGGCAUGGUGCAGCUGAUAUUUUCACAAUAGAUGAGAAAACGGGCAGCAUUUACUCACACAAGAUGCUGGAUCGGGAAGAGAGAGCACUGUGGAGAUUUGUUGUAUUGGCUACUGAUGAAGGUGGAGGAGGACUUACGGGAUUUGCUGAUGUAAUUAUUAAUGUGUGGGAUAUAAAUGACAAUGCACCCAUGUUCACAUGCAUGCCUGAUGAUUGCAACGGGAAUGUCUUUGAAAAUUCUCCUGCAGACACAUUAGUCAUGGAAAUGGGCGCAGUUGAUCAUGAUGAUCCAAAUGUAGGUCUUAAUGCUGUCCUAACUUACAGGAUAACAGAGAAUGUAAAAAAUGAGUUUGGUACUGACAUGUUUAAUAUCAAUCCCAGUACUGGUACAAUCCAUGUAGCGGGGGGAAUGCUGGACAGAGAAAGGACUGAAAAUUAUUUUCUUACUGUUGAAGCAAGAGAUGGGGGAGGGCUAACAGGAACUGGCACCGCCACUAUCUGGAUUGCAGAUGUCAAUGAUCAUGUACCUAAGUUCACAAAAAAGGUGUGGCAGGCAAUAAUUCCUGAAAAAAGUGCCGUCGACUCAGAAGUUCUGCAAGUGUGUGCUACAGAUGCAGAUGCUGGGGAAAAUGCUGACUUAAUAUUCAGUAUCAUUGCGGGAGACCCAGAUGAGAAGUUUUAUAUUGAGAAUGACAAAGAAUGGCAAUGUGCCACUAUUCGACUGAAAAAAAAAUUGGAUUUUGAGAAUGCACAUGAAAGGCAGUUUAAUCUUACUAUUACAGUGGAAGAUCUUGAUUUUUCUAGUGUUGCAGUGUGCCUGAUUGAAGUUCAAGACUCUAAUGACCACAGCCCGGUUUUCCGUUCUCAGUUUAUGCAGACAAGUCCUUUCUUUGAAAACAUGCCUGUAGGUACUACAGUAACUACAGUGAGAGCUACAGACAAAGAUUCUGGUUUGAAUGGGAACAUUAUAUAUUCUAUAAAGUCAGAUUCAGAUCCUAUGAGACAGUUUGCAGUUGACCAAUAUGGUCACGUCAUUGUGGCAAACACACUAGAUCGUGAAGUCAUUCAAAAAUACAGUUUAAUUGUACAAGCUUCAGAUCGAGGGACACCUGCCCGCACUGGAAGCGUUACAGUUUUGGUUAACUUGCUUGAUGUUAAUGACAAUGGACCAAGGUUUGAGGUGCCAUACAUGCCUGUAGUUUGGGAAAAUAUACUGAAGCCUGAAAUAGUGUAUAUGAACCAUACAUCAAAACUGCUUCAUGCAUUUGAUCCGGACAGUGAGGAAAAUGGGCCACCCUUCACAUUUUCAUUGCCACCAGAUUAUCAGAAUUCUUUGGAUUUUUCUCUUACUGACAACAGAAAUAACACAGCAACUGUAACUGCUUUGAGGUCCUUUGACAGAGAAAAGCAGAAGGUAUUUCAUCUGCCAAUAGUUAUAACAGAUAGUGGGAUUCCAGCUAUGAGCUCUACAAACACCCUAACUAUAACAAUUGGUGAUGAAAAUGACAACUGCCACGAAUCUGGCCAUAAGGAAGUCUAUGUGUACAGUUACAAAGGUAAGUGCUAUCUGUACAUUAUAUCAGAUUCAUGA